UAAAAUUAAAAACAAAAAAGCUGCGUUCUUUUCUUUUCUAGUUUGCGACAAAGGUUAGAACACGGGUUCUUCUUCUCUAGUUUGUGAAGUGAGAGAACCUCCAUCAAAGAACGUCCGAUAACUCUUUCUCUGAGAACGUCCGACAAAAUCAAAGAACGUCCGACACUCUUUCUAUCGGCGUCAUCUCUUUCCUCUGCCAUCAUAACUCAAUCUUGCCGGAAGAGAUUGUUCAAGAACUCGAUCCGCCAUCAAUUCUCAGUUACUUAAUCAGUGAGACCCAAAUCAAAGGAAUGGCCUCAUCUUCGGAUAACAGGAAGUAUCCUCCUCGGCUUUACCCGAUUGGUAAAACGCCUGCUCAAAAUAGGAGCAUGAACCACAAUUGUUUUCUAGGCAACUUACAAACGCUGAAAGAGAAUGUAGGGAAAGACGUUUGGGACGAGUUGAGAGAAUCAGCUGUAGGGGUGAUUAUCAAGCUGAAGGAGUUGGAUUACACUUGGUCUGCAAAACAUGUUCAUUACUUUCUUGCGAAUCAAUUGGCGAUUCAGAGCAGUCAUGAAGUUUGGUCUUUGAUAGUAGACCAGCCAAUGAGGUUCUCUUUGUAUGAGUUUGAAGAUAUUACAAGGCUGAAUUGUGAUCCCUAUGACACGGAAGAACAGUGGGAUGUGGCUCAUGAAGACUUUUGGUUGAAGAUGAAAGUUCCAAUUUCUGAAGGACCCAAGUUUAAUGAACUUCAAGCCCUUUUUUCGGUCAUCGGAAACUGGCCUAGAGAGGAGCGUGUAAUGGUUGGCUUGUUGUGUCUACUAUGCAUUGGGAUAUUUGGCAUUUCAAGCAAUAGUAGAAUACCUCUGGAUUUGGCGAAAAGGGUGAUGGAUCCAGCAGCUUUCCAGCGCUAUCCAUGGGGUCGUGUAGGAUUUACCAGCCUUGUGGAUUCCAUUAAAAUGGUGACAUACGAAGUUGGGAAGAGCUACACACUACAUGGUUGCGUUCAUGCUUUGCUAAUUUGGAUAUACGAAUCUGUGCCAGGUUUAGGAGAGUUAUAUGGCAAUCGGAUAGAGGAAGCUGAGGAUCCACUUCUGUCAUGGCAUGGUUCUCGUCAGCGUAUCAACUUCCUUAACUUCUGUGCACAAGAGAAGAAAAAAUAUCAGAAGAUUCGUGUAAGGCAUAUGAUUGUAAAAGCAAUGGAGGACAGAUAUCCGAAAUGGGGUGAAGAUGAACCCCCUGAGGAGUUGGAUAACAUGAUAGUUGACAUCCUCAAUGAUCAGCUAAACGACAAGUUUUGGGAGGUAGUGCCACCUACCAAUCCCCUGAAGAGAAAAACUCAUGUCACUGCACCUAGUGUUCCCGAUAGAGUGGAUGAGAGCCCCUCCACAAAACGAAAGAAGAGGAAAGAAACUGCUUCAGAAAUGGAAGAAUCUCAUAAUGAUAUGCCCACCAUCAAUAUCACAAUACAAAAGUUGCUGGAGGCUGUUAACAACUUGAGUGGAAGACUAGAAACCAUGGAUGUUAGUGUAGCCGAAAGGGUUUCUAAGACAUUGGAAGCUUCUGUACAAGCUCAGAUGGAAGCUAGAAUGGGUUUAUUUGAGACUGAGUUGAAGAACAAGAUGGCCAUAUUGCAGGAAGAAAUAAAUGUUCUUAAAGGGAAGGAUAAUGAAAAAAUUCCAUCCGAUGCCGGCAACUCCAAAGCGCACGAUGAAGACGAGGCUUGUAGCAACACAAUGUCAUGGAUGGUUCAGACAAAAAAAAGCUCAGUUGAUGGUUUACCAAUACAACGUGUUGUAAAAAAAGAGAAGAAGAAUAAGAAGAUGAUGGCAGUGAAGAUAGAUGAAGUGCCAUUGAAAAAAGUGAAGAUAGAGAAACCAUUUGCUAUCCCACAUCUAAAUGACCAAUCCGUUUCCUCAGAGGGUUGGGAGAGUCAUCUAAAAUGGCAGAAAAGUGUGAAGUGUAGACUUGCGUUGGAAGCAAUUGCUUCCAGUUUGGAGGAGCCUACACGCAAAAGAAGAACCCAGCUUACAAAGACUCAAAUGCCGCCAUAUGUAGGGAAUUCGACAGUGAAACUUAGAAUGUCUAGCUGUGGGGUAUAAGUUUGAAGGCUUAAGUGAUCAGAUCAUACAAGCAAUGCGAUUGAAGAUGGCUGCGGAGAUUUUUGACGAGGUGGCUAUGGAGGAUUAGGAAGUAUAACGUGUAGCCUGUUUGUUUGGUUUUCUCUUCCUGGGAUGUAUAACUGUAGGUUUUUUAUUGUUUUUGAAUGGUUGUUACUUGGAUGGUAUUUGCUUUCGGAUGUGUAAUUUGGAUGCUAUUUAACGCUGAUGGUUUAGCUACGUUAUUCUGGCUCGUCUCUU